CAGCAGCAGCCUCCGGAACAUGGCGCCGGGCAGCAGCCGCGGGCCGUGGCGACCCCUCCUCCUGGCCACCCUGGUCGCCCUGUGGCCCCCGCCGCCCGCCUGCCAAGCCGGGACCCUGCAUUUCCCCGGGGGCCGGAUCCCCCUGCCCCAGGACCGGGGCUUCUCGGUGCUGCAGCGGGGCGAGCAGCGGCGGCCGCCCGGGACCUGGCCGGGUGACAGAGGAGCCGGCCGGGCUGGCGAGGGGCUGCGGCGGGACAAACGGAGCGAUACCCGCCCUCCCGAGCCCGUCAAGGUGUACGGACAGGUCAGCCUGAAUGACUCCCACAACCAGAUGGUGGUGCAUUGGGCCGGAGAGAAGAGCAAUGUGAUUGUGGCGUUGGCCAGAGACAGCCUGGCUCUGCUGGGCCAGAAAAGCAGCGACGUCUACGUCUCCUACGACUACGGGAAAUCAUUCCAGAAGAUUACGGGGAGAUUUAACUUUGGCCCUGGGAACUCCAGUGAUGCGGUCAUCGCCCAAUUUUACCACAGUCCGGCGGACAACAAGCGGUACAUCUUCGUGGAUGCCUACAGCCAGUACCUCUGGGGCACGGUGGACUUCUGCAGCAGCAUCUAUGGCUUCUCCAUUCCCUUCCGGGCCGCCGACCUGCUCCUGCACAGCAAGCUCCCCGACCUCCUCUUGGGCUUUGACAGGUCACACCCCAACAAGCAGCUUUGGAAGUCAGACGACUUUGGGCAAACCUGGAUAAUGAUUCAGGAGCAUGUGAAAUCAUUUGCCUGGGGCACCGAUCCGUAUGACAAGCCCACGACCGUCUAUGUGGAGCGCCAUGAGCCCUCAGGCUCCUCCACCAUCCUCCGGAGCACGGACUUCUUUCAGACACGGGAGAACCAGGAGGUAGUCCUGGAGGAAGUGGAAGAUUUUCAACUUCGGGACAAGUACAUGUUUGCCACAAAGGUGGUGCAGCGUCUUCCAGGCAGCCGACAUCCAGCCUCAGUCCAGCUGUGGGUGUCCUCCGGACGCAAGCCCAUGCGGGCAGCCCAGUUUGUGACCAGACACCCCAUCACUGAAUACUACAUCGCCGAUGCAGCUGAGGACCAGGUGUUCGUGUGCGUCAGCCACAGCAACAACCGCACUAACCUGUACAUCUCUGAGGCCGAGGGCCUUCAGUUCUCCCUGUCCUUGGAGAACGUACUGUACUUCAGCCCGGGCGGGGCCGGCAGCGACACCCUGGUCAGGUACUUCGCCAAUGAGCCUUUCGCGGACCUGCACAGGGUGGAAGGGGUGCAGGGUGUGUACAUCGCCACCUUGAUCAAUGGCUCGUUCAGCGAGGAGAACAUGCAGUCGGUCAUCACCUUCGACAAGGGCGGCGCCUGGGAAUUCCUGCAGGCCCCGGCCUUCACCAGCUAUGGAGAAAAGACUGAAUGCGAGCUGUCUCAGGGUUGCUCCCUCCAUCUGGCCCAGCGCCUCAGCCAGCUGCUCAACUUCCAGCUGCGGAGGAUGCCUAUCCUGUCCAAGGACUCCGCCCCGGGACUCGUCGUGGCCACUGGAUCGGUUGGAAAGAAUCUGGCAAAUAAGGUGAACGUGUAUAUUUCAAGCAGCGCUGGAGCCCGGUGGAGAGAGGUGCUUCCAGGACCUCACUACUACACGUGGGGGGACCACGGGGGGAUUCUCGUGGCCAUCGCCCAGGGGAUGGACACCAACGAGCUGAAGUACAGCACAAACGAAGGCGAGACGUGGAAAACAUUCACCUUCUCAGAAAAGCCCGUGUUUGUGUAUGGCCUCCUGACAGAGCCUGGGGAGAAGAGCACCAUCUUUACAAUCUUUGGGUCCUAUAAGGAAAAUGGGCACAGUUGGCUGAUACUGCAGAUCAAUACCACCGACGUUUUGGGGGUCCCCUGCACGGAGAACGACUACAAGCUGUGGUCACCUUCCGACGAGCGGGGGAAUGAGUGCCUGCUGGGGCACAAGACGGUUUUCAAAAGGAGGACGCCUCAUGCCACCUGCUUCAACGGAGAGGACUUCGACCGCCCAGUGGUGCUCUCCAACUGCUCGUGCACAAGGGAGGAUUAUGAAUGCGACUUUGGCUUUAAGACGAGUGAAGACCUGUUGUGGGAGGGCUGCGUUCCCGAUCCCGAGUUUGCCGGCCAGCCCUACUCGCCCCCGGUGCCCUGUCCGGUUGGCUCAACGUACAGGAAGACGAGAGGGUACCGAAAGAUUUCCGGCGACACGUGCCACGGAGGGGACCUCGAGGAAAGGCUGGAGGGAGAGUUGGUGCCGUGUCCACUGGCAGAGGAGAAUGAGUUCAUCCUUUUCGCUAUGAGGAGCUCCAUCCAUCGCUACGACCUAUCCUCGGGGGCUUCCGAGCAGCUGCCCCUCACUGGUCUGCGCGGGGCCGUGGCCCUGGACUUUGACUACGAACACAACUGCUUGUACUGGGCCGACGUGACCUUGGACCUCAUCCAGCGCCUCUGCUUGAAUGGAAGCUCUGGGCAGGAGGUGAUCAUCAGUUCUGGUCUGGAGACGGUGGAAGCGCUGGCCUUUGAACCACUCAGCCAGCUGCUCUACUGGGUGGAUGCCGGCAUGAAGAAAAUUGAGGUGGCCAAUCCAGACGGAGUUUUUCGGCUGACCAUCGUCAACGCCUCCGUGCUUGAGCGGCCCCGCGCUCUGGCCCUCAUGCCCCAGGAUGGGUUGAUGUUCUGGACGGACUGGGGCGACCUGAGGCCUGGCAUCUUCCGGGGAGACAUGGAUGGCUCAUCGAUCAGCCACAUUGUCUCUGAGGGAGUGCGUUGGCCCAACGGCAUCUCCGUGGACGACCGCUGGAUCUACUGGACGGAAGCGUACAUGGAUCGGAUCGAGCGGGUCGACUUCAGCGGACAGCAGCGCUUGGUCAUCCUCGACAGCCUCCCCCACCCCUAUGCCAUCGCCGUCUUCAAGAAUGAAAUCUACUGGGACGACUGGUCCCAGCUGAGCAUCUUCCGAGCAUCCAAGUUCAGCGGGUCCCGGAUGGAGGUUCUGGUGGGCCAGCUCACUGGUAUAAUGGACAUGAAGAUUUUCUACCGAGGCAAGACCACAGGACACAAUGCUUGUGUGUCCAAGCCCUGCGGGCUACUCUGCUUGCCCAAAGCCAACAACAGCAGAAGCUGCCGGUGUCCUGAGGGGGUGUCCAGCAGCCUCCUGCCCUCCGGAGAGCUCAGGUGUGACUGUCCUCGUGGCUACCGGCUGGACAACAACAGUUCCUGUGUCAGAGAAAAUGACGGCUGCCUGUCUGGCCAGUACCGCUGCUCCAAUGGGAACUGUAUCAACAGCAUCUGGCGCUGUGACUUUGACAACGACUGCGGGGACAUGAGUGACGAGACCAACUGCCCUUCCAGCGUCUGCGACCCCGAAACCCAGUUCCGCUGUGAGGAGUCGGAGGCUUGUAUCCCGCUGUCGUACAAGUGUGACCUGGAGGACGAUUGCAGCGACGGCAGUGAUGAGAGCCACUGCGAAACGCACCAGUGCCGUGGCGACGAGUUCAACUGCACGUCAGGCAUGUGUAUCCGCGCCUCCUGGGUGUGUGACGGGGACAACGACUGUAGGGACUGGAGCGACGAAGCCAACUGCACCGCCCUUUCUCACACGUGCGAGGCCACCAGCUUCCAAUGCCACAACAGACACUGUAUCCCGCAGCUCUGGGCCUGUGACGGGGACCCAGAUUGCCAGGACAGUUCGGACGAGGACCCGGCCAGCUGUGAGAAGAAGUGCAACGGGUUCCACUGUCCCAACGGCACCUGUAUCCCGGCCAGCAAGCACUGCGACGGGGUGCAGGACUGUGCGGGGGGCUCGGAUGAACAGCACUGCGAGCCCCUGUGCACGCGCUACAUGGACUUUGUAUGCAAGAACCGCCAGCAGUGCCUGUUCCACUCUAUGGUGUGCGACGGCAUUAUCCACUGCCGAGAUGGUUCCGAUGAAGAUGCGGGCUAUGCCGGCUGCACCCAAGACCCGGAAUUCCACAAAAUCUGUGACCAGUUCAGUUUCCAGUGCCAGAAUGGAGUAUGCGUCAGCCUGAUCUGGAAAUGCGAUGGAAUGGAUGAUUGUGGGGAUUACUCCGAUGAAGCAAACUGCGAGAACCCCACGGAAGCCCCCAACUGCUCCCGCUACUUCCAGUUCCAGUGCGAGAACCGGCGCUGCAUCCCAAACCGCUGGAAAUGUGACCGCGAGAAUGACUGUGGGGACUGGUCCGACGAGAAGGAUUGUGGGGAUGGGUACAUCCCCCUGCCCAGCCCCAGCCCGGCCGAGCCCCCCACGUGCGCACCCAACCACUUCCGCUGCUCCGGCGGGGCAUGCGUCAUGAACAGCUGGGUGUGUGAUGGCUACAGAGACUGCGCAGAUGGCUCUGACGAGGAUGCCUGCCCUUCUGUUGCCAGUUUCACCCCCUCCUCCCUCGCCCCCUGGCUGGGGCACUGCAGCCGUUUCGAGUUCGAGUGCCAGCAGCCCAGGAAGUGCAUCCCUAACUGGAAGCGCUGCGAUGGCCAGCCGGACUGCCAGGAUGGCACCGAUGAGACCAACUGCCGGACUCCCAGCUCACAGACCUGUGUCAGUGGGAAGUUCAAGUGUGAGGAUGGAGAAAUCUGCCUGGUCUUGUCAGAGCGCUGCGAUGGCUUCCUGGACUGCUCGGAUGGGAGCGACGAGAGGGGCUGUACUGAGGAAACGGUGGUGUAUAAAGUGCAGAAUCUCCAGUGGUCCGCUGACUUCUCUGGCAGCAUAACCCUAACCUGGACCAGACCCAAGAAAAUGCCCACGUCCUGCGUGUACAACGUCUACUACAGGGUGGUGGGCGAGAGCAUCUGGAAGACUUUAGAAACCCACAGCAACAAAACCAACAACGUCUUAAAGGUCCUGAAACCAGACACCACGUAUCAGGUCAAAGUGCAGGUGCAGUGCCUCAGCAAGGUGCAUAACACGAAUGACUUCAUCACCUUGCGGACCCCCGAAGGACUGCCUGAUGCCCCCCGCAACCUCCAGCUGUCGCUGCAUAAGGAUAUGGAGGGGGUGAUUGUGGGCCACUGGAUGCCCCCUGCCAACGCCCACGGCCUCAUCCGGGAAUAUGUUGUGGAAUAUAGCCAGAGCGGCACCAGGGAGUGGACGUCCCUGCGGGCAAGCAGUAACUCCCUCCAAGUGGACAAUCUGAUGGUCGACACCCUGUACACCAUCCGGGUGGCUGCCGUCACGAGCCGGGGAGUGGGCAACUGGAGCGACCCCAAGUCCAUCACCACCACCAAAGGCAAAGUGGUCCCUCCGCCGACCAUCCACAUCGAUGGCUAUGGAGAAAACUCAGUGAGUUUCACGCUGACGAUGGACCCUGCCAUCAAGGUGAACAGCUAUGUGGUGAACCUGUUCUGGGCGUUUGAUGCCCACACACAGGAAAAGAAAACUUUAUUCCUCCCAGGGGAAGUGGCAACCCAAAAAGUGGACAACCUGACGGCUCAUACGCCCUAUGAGAUUUCUGCCUGGGCCCAGACGGCCCUGGGAGACAGCCCCCUGGCCUUCGAACAUGUGCUGACCCGAGGCACCCGCCCGGCCUCUCCCAGCCUCAAAGCCAAAGCCAUCAACCAGACGGCAGUAGAAUGUGUGUGGAGUGGUCCAAGGAAUGUGGUUUAUGGAGUUUUCUACGCCACAUCCUUUCUGGAGCUGUAUCGCAACCCGGCCAACCUCACCACUUCCCUCCACAAUGCCACGGUCAUCGUCAGCAGGGAUGAGCAGUAUUUGUUUCUGGUCCGGGUGGUGGCACCGUACCAGGGCCCGCCUUCCGACUAUAUCGUGGUGAAGAUGAUCCCCGACAACAGGCUCCCCCCUCGCCACCUCCAUGCCGUGCGCACGGGGAAGACCGCUGCGGUCAUCAAGUGGGAGUCGCCGUAUGACUCUCCGGACCAGGACAUGGUUUAUGCCGUGGCGGUGAAGGAUCUGGUGAGGAAGACGGACAGGAACUACAAAGUGAAGACCCGGAACAGCACGGUGGAGUUCACGCUCAGCAGCCUGGAACCUGGCGGGAAGUAUCACGUGAUCGUCCAACUGGGCAACAUGAGCAAAGAGUCCAGCGUGAAAAUCAGCACAGCCUUGUUGGCCGCACCAGAGGCUUUGAAGAUCAUCACUGAAAAUGACCACGUCCUCCUCUUCUGGAAAAGUUUAGCCUUGAAGGAGAAGAAUUUUAAUGAAAGCAGGGGUUACGAGAUCCACAUGUAUGACAGCGUGAUGAACAGCACCACCGCACUGGGCAAUACCACCGAUAAUUUCUUCAAAAUCUCCAACCUGAAACUGGGCCACAACUACUCCUUUUCGGUGCAAGCGCGGUGCCUCUUCAGUGGCCAGAUCUGUGGGGAGCCGGCCACUCUCCUCUAUGAUGAGUUAGGGUUGGGGGCAGACACGGCGGCCUUCACAGCCGGCAGACCAACCGACGUGGCCACCAUCGUCGUGCCCAUCCUGUUUCUGCUGCUGGUGACAGUGGGAAUCGGAUUCGUGGUCCUGUACACACGGCACCGGAGGUUGCAGAACAGCUUUACCGCCUUUGCCAACAGCCACUACAGCUCGCGGCUCGGCUCAGCCAUCUUCUCAUCUGGGGAUGACCUGGGAGACGAUGACGAAGACGCCCCAAUGAUAACCGGAUUUUCAGAUGAUGUUCCGAUGGUCAUAGCCUGAAAGGCAUUGCUCCCUGUAAACCAAAAGGUGUAAAUAUUUUAUUUGAUAAAGAUAGUUGAUUGUUUAUUUUAAAAAUGCACUUUUGAGUUGCAAUAUGUUAUUUUUAUAUGGGCCAAAAAAAUAAAUGAAUCUAAUAAAACUUUGUAGUAAUCAACUGUGAACUGCAAGCCGGGUUGAUUUUAGUCACCAAAUUGCUUUGAUUUGGACAUUAAUUUAGUUUUACAGGGCUGUGCUUGCUGGCAUGCUUUGUCUGUGAGCUCAUUUUGGUUCGAUAAAUUGGCUACUUUUUUUAUUUUUCUAAGAGAACAGAAAUGUAUUUAAUAAAAACCUCAGGAGGCAGCGGCGACGGGUGGAAGACCGUCUCCUGGAAGACGUGAACUAAUUUUAAAGUUUGCUUGGACUUUGCUUUCAUGCAGGUUUGGGAAUUUUUCUCUCUCUUUCUGGUUUGUUGUUAAUUUAUUGGGUCCUCUGUUCCCAUUUGGGUUCAGGGGCAGGGUUGUUGUGGGUUGGGGGUAGUCUUUGCACAGUGCACGUUUGGCUGAAUUUCCCUACAGGCCCGGCAUAGGGUCAGUGGCCCGGUCCUUGCCACUCCCAGAAAAAGCCAUUAUAACCCAACCUGGCAUCACUUUGUCUGGAAAGAGCAAAUCCCCAGACUGACCUCUAAUCGCAACUAGACUGAACUGUACCCCUCAACCCACGACACGGACACCAGCAACUCUCUCAAUCGCACGGUCGCCACCUCUGCCCGAUCGGCGGCCCCUGGAGCGGACCGGAGGUGUCGGGCCAACCCUGGGCGCACUCUUCCUCUGAGUGAGUGGUCACCAGGGUUGUCCAGCUUCUCUGGCAGCCGUAGGGGGAUGGGGGGGCCGGCUUCCUGCUAUCGGUUGCUGCCUCCAUGUUGGCAACUAGAAUAACGGGCCAGCCCCCUUUGCCCUUAUGGCAUUUUUUCGUCGGGUUGGGCUUUCUCUUGGGUGUUGCAUUUAUUUUCCUUGGUUGUGUGAAAUCCAAGAGAGAAAGCUGCCUUUGUUCUCCAGGCCAUCCCAGCCGGGAUUUCAGAAUCGAGGCCCUAGAAGCCGGAGGAGAGUUCAUUCCCCACCUCCCGCUUCAAAAUAAAGCUGUGAUUUUUCUCCCCUUUGUAACAAAAGUCACUUGACCUAGACACCCCCACCCCAUCAUCUGCGCUGAGUUGACAGUGGAAAUGCUGCAGGUGUGAGGUGUUGGUUCUGCUGACCAACAGUGCUCAAAGAGUGGAGUGAGUGACUCCCAGUAAGACUUUUGGGUUGAGAUUCAGAGUGUUGGGGACCCUCUGGACGCCUUGUCUAUAUAUGCAAAGCUCUGUGUAAACCACCGCCAUGAGUUACAAUGUAGCGUUCGUCUUCUCACGAGUAUUCUGUCUUUCACCGAAAGUAUCUCUUGUGUAACAGACUGCAAUUACGGUCUUCCUGGAAAUAGUUUGGAAAACAAAGGAAAGGCCAGUUGUAUUUGUUUAAAACUGUCCAUUUUAAUUUCAGAUAGGCCAUUGAAAAUGGUAGAAAUUCAACAUGUGUUGUUUGAUUCCAGUGCCCCCUCUGUUUUGACUUAGGACUUGAAUUGUAUUCAUUUCACUCAUUUGUGAUCAUAAACUAUGGGUUUUAUUCUGAUGGGUUGUCUUCUGCAUCCUCCCUGCCCUCCCCUUUAAGAAUCCCCAGGAGCUGAAAGGUUAAAUAUCCAGAGAGGGAAAUAAUAAGUGAACCACUAGGUUUGCUUAUGGUUACCCUCUCCUUCCCCGCCCAUCUUCCUUUCCCAGCAUUCUUUGAGGCAGCCUACCCAGAUUCAUGUGCAAGACUCAGGUCAGAUUUGGAGACUUUUUCUCAUUUAUCAUUAGUAGGGAACGUUUUGUGUAGAAAACAUGCUUUUUCACCUGCCGCGUUUAAAGAAUCCAGUCCUCGUAGUAAGCAGUGCCUACGGAACGCUCAGUGUGCCCCUCGCUGUUAACCGUGGACUCUCCUCCCUCUGAAGAGCACCACUGUGCUAAUUGAUAAAGCAGCCCCCAGCCUCGCAUAUUUUGUCUAAGGAGAAGCGCUGCGUGCUAGAUGGCGAAGGUGGAUCGAUGCGGUUACGUGGAGAUCGUCUAUUUUUUAAUGUACUUUUGAAGCAUACAAGCUCUUCCACACAGUUUGAUGAGGUCUCGUCAAAUCUAUGCAGCCCCCUGGGUUCAGAGCUGGGUCUACAAUGGCACCAUGAAAUGUGAAGGAACUGUUUGUGGCUUUCUUAAAUGACUGGAAAAAUUUUCUCACUGUGACUCAACAGAAGAUGCCGGGUAUUUUUGUUAAGGAUGCUGUUUGUUCCCCGAUAAAGAUCCCGUUUGGGAGAAAUGGAUUCGCUUUUCUUCCUUCCCCACCCCCUGGAUCAUUAAGGGAUCUGCACCCAAUCAGUCUAAGCAGUGGUAUUUAUUGAGCACUUGUUGUGUGGGGAACACUGAAAUAAAUGCUUGGGAGAGGACAGUAGCAGAAAUAGACACACUCCCUGCCCUCUUAGUCCAGCAAGAGAAUCAUUAAAUGGCAGGCUGAGGGGAGUAAUUGUGGACUUACACCCAUAAUUUCCCUGUGGGGCUCCAAAGGACCCCUCUGCUACGGUACGUCUGCUGGCGAAUUGAAUUCAUGGUAGAGAUAUGUGGGGAGGGUGUGUGUCUACACAGCUCCACCCUCUGAAGUGAGAAAUAGGCAAAUUGGGUGCCCUUCUCUCCAUCUCUCCUCAGCUUCCCCCUUGGCAAAUACAGCUAGAUGUUGAGCAAAGGGCUAGAGGCUGCCAUCUUGGCCGGCAGAACUGCCUUGUGUGGAGCUGCUGAGAAGGCACUCUCCCUCCCUCCCCACCUCCCUCAAGGACCCAGAGAUUGAAUGUGUCAUUUCCUGCCUUGUUCUCCUCCACAGCGAGGGGCCCUAUUGGGUAUCCUGCUGUUCUGAUGACCAGGACCACCAGGUUGGAAGUUAAGUUUCAUGUUCUGUAAUAGCCUUUCUGGGUGAUCUUGGCCUUGGGGCGAAUCAUACCUGCUUGCACCUACCUCACAGGGCUGUUGUGAGGACCAGCGUGAGUUGUGAUGAGCGAGUUCUUCGGAGCCACCCAAAAAAUAGAAAUGAAGCCAGGGCAGUAGAAUAAGUGUUGUUGCCAUUGUUCACGUUAUCAUUGAUUCCCACCAGUGAGAUGAUUGCUGUUGAUGGGUAUCUCCUGGGACAGGCAGAUGCAGCUCAGAAAUAAUUUAUCCCUCUGAACAGGAGGUCUUAAAGAGGAGAUGUCUAGGUGCACCCCAAGUUCACAUCUCCCUCUAUUGGUUCCCUGAGUCAGCUUUGUAAAUGUCAGCACGGGAAUCCCCAGAACAACUCAAACUGGAUCUAUGAAGGUUCAGUCCUGUGCCCAGACCAGUCUCCACUUGGGUGUGAACCCCUUUCUCAGGACUACAUCUGGGUAACAAAACCACUGGAAGGUCUGUCAGUAGGAUUCCCCCUCAAGGCAAGAGAGGCACACCCUUUGGGGCACUCGCAGCUGAACAUUUCGAAGGACCACACCACCACCCCAACACAUCACAGGAGAUGGUGUUGAACAAACGGGGUUUCUGUCCACUCAGAAAUGAAGCCGCUCAGAUUUUGGUGUCCUGCGGUAUUUCGAGGGAUCUUCAGAAGGAGCGGCGAGCUGUCCUGCCCUGAAUUUUCCUCCGGUUCUUGGGGAAAGGGGUCCUUGCUCAGGAUCGUGUAAAAGGUUAAGCAAACCCAGAAGCCUCUGUGGCACCAGAGGAAGGCCAGCUGCUCCUCCUUAACCCCAAAUGCUGUCGACUGGUUCCUCUCCAAAGUCAAGGUAGAGCUUCAUAAUUUCAACUGCCUUGAUAAGUCUAUGUCACUGAUUUCUGCUGAAGACUUUAUGGUUGCACAAUUUUGAAGGAUUUUUGUCUCUCGAUGUCAACUUUUUCACUGAAUAAAUCUUUCCUAGGGGUAAGAGAAAAGAGCUAGUUCAAAAAUGUUCCACUCUGUGUGUCCUGAGUUAUUCUUCUGAGUGCAAUAAAUAUGGCUGAUAAAACCUCUGCA